AACGAACGACGGUAUUACACAAGAAAUCGUGUAGCCGUUAUAUCUUCUGCAUUUAUCACACUGUGGCCUACAAUAAUCAUUAUACAAUAGCAACGAUGCCAGCCCAACAAGCAACAUCCACUUCGGCUUUGCCUUCUACAUCCCAUACUGCUCAGCCCGUACAGCCUUCUAAACUCGCCAAAAACCCCCGGUUGCCAGCUACCAUGGUCACUCCUUCCGGAUCCAUUCAGGCAUCACAAAAGAACAAAUCUCAUAAGGGACAAAUAUCCAAGAAGAAGAGGGCCAAGCUGGAGAAGGGCAAGGAAAAGGCAGCUGAGUUAAGUGGCAAGCUAGAAGUCAAAGUUCGGGAAAGAGAGGAUAGAAAGGCGAAGAGACAAAGAGCGAAGAAGGCUUGGGAGUAGAUUUUCAAAGGUCUUGAUGAUACGGCGACGACCGUGAACAUCGAUUAUUACCGCUGCGGCACUGCCUUUUUAUAAGCCGCCAAAAUGUACUUGUAUAACACGACAGUAUCUGAAGAUGAGACGAAUGUUUUGUACUUUGCAACGUGUAUAAUGACCAACUCAGAACGUCUUCUUCGUGAUUUUAUGCAAUUUGCAUUUUAGACGGA